GUGCAGCGCCCACCAGAGCCCCCACCGGGCCCCUGAACCCCCAAUCCCAGUAGCAGAGACGGCACCGGUGGCUGGAGUGAACGUGGUGGUGGUGGUAGAUGGGAGCUGUAUCCUCCAAUACACUCAUCGGGGCUCUCCCUGCCAUUGUCUCUGCUGUGGGGACGCCCUGCUAGCCCGCCAGCCUCCCGCCUGCUAUGGGGCCGCUGCGCCCUGCAGCCCCCCUGCUGCUGGGCCCCCCCUCUCCCGCCGGGCCCGGGGCCUGGGGGUCCGCUGCUGCACUGAGUUUUGCCUGGGGGAGGAAGAGGAGCGGGAGGAGCGGAGACCCUGCCACCAGGGGGCACCCCCCUGCCGUGUCCCGCCACCCAGCUGGCUGAUGCCGGUGCCCCUGCCCCGCAGCACCACGGGGCCCUGGUUUACGGUGGAGGCACCAAAGGACGGUGGACCCGGGGCCCAGGUGGCCAGGAUCUGGGACCGGGGGCGCUGCCCCCUGCUGGAGGAGGGCGACCUCGUGGCCAAAGUGAACGGGGCUGACGUGAGGGGCCUCGGGCCCCAGGAGGUGGAGAAUGUCCUGCAGCAGCACACGCGAGCCGGGGACGUCAUCCUGCUGGUGGAGCGGAGAGGUAAGGGGGGCUGUGGACACUGGGGGGUGCCGCUCGUGGCCGUUUCACUUCCUGCCUGGCCCACUAGGGGGCACCGGGGGGCCCUGGCUGCUUCGCUUCCUCCCUGA